UCGUUUUGCAUUCGUCAUCAAUAAAAGAGAUGGCGUAUUUUCCAAAUGCUGCGUUUUGGUCCGUCAAUCCUCCACACGAUCGUGACAUUUGUUGCGAAAUAGUCAUAAUCUUUAUGUCAGGAAGAGAAGGAAGAACAGAUGGAAACUGACCCCAGUUUGCCCUAGAUCUACCAAUAUUUAUGUUCAGUUUUAACACCAACAUUUUAUUGUUUAGUUGUCAUACUGCCCUCUCCAGACGCCCUAGUGACGAUAGUACUAAACCAACAUCGGCCUACCAAAAUAAAUACACAGCCUCUCUCUCCUAUCCCUUCCAGGCAAACCCCUCCCUAUGAAAAACGAUAUCCCCCUACAUCCCGACCCACUGCCUGAUUCUAUCCCCUGACAGAUUCCCUCUUUUGUUUCCAGAACAGCAGACAGAAAUAGAAUCUUCUCCACCGUGCAAUGCCAUAAAUCGCUGCUGCCUGCCUGCUUGCCUGUCCAUCCUGGCCAGCAGCUGUGGCUCCUGCCCCCCUCCCUCUGUUUCUCCUCAGUGUUAAUGGACCCUAGUCUUCAGCCAAGCUGCGUGUGGAGAGAGAGGGAGAAGGCUGCUGUUGAGUACCUCGUUUGCUUUCCAGUCUCAUCAGGAGAAAUUGGAAUGUACAAAAAUCACAUAAAAGACACCAACAACAAUUGCAAUAAAAGCCUUCUCCUUGACCAUAAGGAGAAGCUGAUCCAGGCUAUUAAAAGAAUAAAGCAUGAGGUAGACGAGUGCUGGGAGGCAGAGAGAGAGACGUACAUAUGGUCUGUUGGUGUAGAGAGAUGUUUUGAUAAUCUGGAACGGGAGGUCCGAGCUGAGUUCCAGAACCUCCAUCGCUUCCUGGACGAAGAGGAGACCAUGGACAUGGAGCGACUGAAGAAGGAGAAAGAGAAGAGGGUGAAGCUGCUUAGGGAGAGAGAGAAGAAGAUCGCCAUGCAGGGAAGAGAUCUAGAGAGAGGCAUUGCCACGCUGAACAACAAACUGGCCGAGGAGGAUAGUCCCAAACUGCUCAAAGAGAUUCAAGACCUCUUGAAAAGGUCCCAGGUGGCUUUCAUACCCCCUCCGCAGGUGGAUGUGGAGGUGCGAUCAGCACACUUUGUGGGGCCCAUCCAGUACAGGAUAUGGAAACACAUGAAGAGCUGCCUGUACCCAAAUAUCACCGAAGUGACCUUUGACCCAGAGACAGCCCACCCCCUCCUCACACUCUCCCCCAGCUGCACUUCUGUGUGGUUCGAGGAGGACAAAGUUAUCCCCAAGGCCUCGGAGGAGGAGCAGCCACCCAACCCCCGCUGCUUCCACUACUACUAUAGUGUCAUGGGCCGAGAAGGCUUCAUCACCGGACGCCAUUACUGGGAGGUGGAGGUGGGCUGCAAGACAGCGUGGCGGCUGGGUGUGGCCAGGGAAGACGUCCACCGGGGGGAGAUGGACUCCAGCGGGACCAGUAACGGUCUCUGGACCCUAUCCCUGAAGGGAGGGGCCAUCUUGGCCUGUACAGACCCCAAACCCAUCAAGGUCCUGGUGUCCAUCAAGCCCGUCCGGAUCGGAGUGUUCUUAGACUGUGAGAAGGAGGAAGUAGCAUUCUAUAACGCUGUUACCAUGACGCCACUGUACACAUUCUCCAUGGAAACGGUGUUCGUUCCGCUGAUCCCCUUCUAUAACCCGUGUGACACGGACGAUGGGAGGAACCUGGGUCCCCUAAAUCUCUUCAGCCCCUCUAUAUGAGAGUACAGAGAACCAAGGAGAACCAAGGUUGUACUGGAGUAUAUUUCGUUUGGGGAUGUGGUGGAGUGAUAGAUAGAAUUUGGAAAUGGUUUGUUUUAUACAGUGUGUGUUUCAGGAAUAAUUUCGUAGCUGGCAUGAUGUAAAUUGUAUCUGUUAAAAAAAUCCAAUGAGUUUAUGAUAUGCAUUUACCAGGGGAGGCUGGUGUGAGGAGCUAUAGGAGGACGGGCUAAUUGGAAUGGAAUCAAUGGAAAGGAGUCAACGAGGUUUCCAUAUGUUUGAUGUGUUUGAUACUGUUCAAAUUAUUCCAUUCCACCCAAUAAAAUGACCAUGUCGUCCCA